UGCUACAGGGUAAAAUAUGUGAAACUAAAGACAUAAAACCCGUCAGCCCUAGAUAACAAAAUCGAACAACAAAGCUCAGCAGCUCCGGCCAAACUGAUCACUGAGAAGCGAUGGGAGGAAGAAAGCGGAAACAUAGCGAAGCGGAGGCUGCUGCCCCUGUAAAGAAGGAUGAAGCUGCUCCGGAGAGACCUAAAAGAACACUUUUGGGUUGGAAAGAUAAGGUUGGAGAAGAGAAAGAAAGUGAUUCAAAAACAAAUUUUAGAAAUAAAGAGAAGGUUUUGGUCACUUGUUCGCGCCGCAUUAGUUACAGGUAUCGGCAUUUGAUGAUGAAUGUUGUAUCGCUUUUGCCCCAUUGUAAGAAGGAUAACAAGGUUGAGUCUAAAGAAAGUAAAGGUGCAACUCUGAAUGAGCUAGUCGAGCUAAAAUGCUGUUCUUCGUGUAUGUUUUUUGAGUGCAGAAAACAGAAAGACCUUUAUCUAUGGAUGGCAAAGUGUCCUAAUGGACCAUCGGUGAAGUUCUUAGUUAAUGCUGUGCACACCAUGGAAGAAUUAAAGCUUACUGGAAAUCAUCUGAAAGGUUCACGCCCUAUUUUGACUUUUUCAAAUAAUUUCGAUAAGCCCCACUGGAAACUUUUGAAGGAGAUCAUCAUGCAGAUAUUUGGAGUUCCUAAGGAUCACCGGAAAUCAAAACCUUAUCAUGAUCACGUAUUUGUUUUCUCAAUUGUUGAUGACCACAUAUGGUUCCGGAAUUAUCAGAUAUCUGCUCCUCAUAGUGAAAUGGACAAAGUGGACCGAGGUGGCCUGGAUAAAAUGACCCUUGUUGAGGUUGGUCCAAGAUUUUGUUUGAAUCCAAUCAAGAUAUUUGGAGGCAGCUUUGGAGGCCCAACACUGUAUGAGAAUCCGUUUUACAUUUCCCCUAACCAGAUUCGUGCGCUAGAGAAGAGGCAAAAGGCUGGUAAAUAUGCAAAGAAAGUUAAAGCCAAGAAGAGGAGGAAAUUGCAUGAGCUAUCAAAUCCCCUGGAGCCUGAUGAGUUUGCAGAUAUGUGGAAAAAUGAUGAUUGAAUCAGCCAAGUAUGAACGUUGUUGUCAUCAAUCUUUCUGACAGUGUUCUCUUUUCUGAUAGCAAGUUUUUCUUUUGCACUAGAUUACCUUAUAUCCAACAUGAGGUGGACAUUUUGGAUUGAGCUGUUAAAAUGCCUUAGAAGGCUUCAGUUUUGGCCUUUUGAAUAUGUUACAUUUUCAUGUGAUUUUUUCCUUCCAAGGGUGAAAAAUACUCUAGCUUCUCUUUGAUCUAUAAUGUACUUCGGAUACAUAAUUAAUCUUGCUGAGAAUUUGAGUAUCUUUGGUUA